AUGUCCUCGGUCGUUUCCCUCCAUCCACCUGACCAGCCUGACUGGAUGAAUCCUUCGCAGUGCAAUGGACCGCGUUGGCCUCUUGCUCCCCUCUCAGACGAUCGGGUCACGACCACGCCAUCGCCCACAGCCGUGAACCUCAACCCCAGCUUCUCACAACCCAAUAUCCGUGACACCCAAGGCGGCAGCUCCAGCAGGCUGCGCCGGCGGGCCUCGCAAGGAUCCCUUCGAACAAAACCCUCACCCGUCUCCCGUUUCCUGUCCAAAGGCAGCGUUGCCGUACACUUCCCUUCCUGGGAGCAGCACCGUUCAGGCUCUCCGGGUUCGCCAUCGCGAACUCGGUCUACCGAUUCCCGCCUUCGUCUGUCCACCACCGUCUCUCGCGGGCCGAGAACGGUAUCCGGACAAACUUCCUCGUGGGAAGCUCGUUCUCGACCCUCGUCGUUCCAGUCGGACUAUCCCUCCAUACUACCGCUUACACCACCGGAUGACGACGCCCCCGUGGCGUGGAAUCCGCAGUCAAAAAUUCUGCUGUUCGAUACACACACACACCAAGAUCCCGGUGCCAUGCCCAUGGUUGAUGAAGAUCCGAGUGUAGGGAGCUCCCCUGCAGUCGGGGCCCCAGACGGCCUCAGCAGCCCUUCGGAUCAGCUCUCCCACGGCACCUCCAGCUCUGGAGGUAGCCCGGGCCCGCACGAUGCAAUGGAUUGCCAACAGGACGUUGGGUCGUGGCUGGAUCACGGCAUCAAUGUUACUGGUGAGUUAUCGUCACUGGGUGUCUCCAAUCCUCGAGGCGAGGCUGUGAAGGUCGUUUCACAGACACUUCCAUAUCCGCGGACUUCAGACCAGUCGGUAUCCCUGCCAAAAAAUGACAGCCUUUUCUGCUCCAUCGUCCAGUCCGUGCACAACCACCUUCAACCGGGCCACUCACCUUAUAUCAACGUCACCCACGCCGUCCCCGAACAAUUCAGCCUUUCCAAUCUGCCACAUUCUCCACCUAGCACCCCCCGCUCUUCUGCUUCUGCCGACGAUUACUUCAACGCCACCGUGUUCUCCAGUGCAGCCGUAGUAUCGGCCUAUCAUGAUUCCCGAGGGCCCCUGCAACCGCAACUCUCGCACGCUCCCAUGCCGAUUGUACCGCCACACAGUGUGCACAUCUCGGUGUUGGAGAGAUAUCUCCCUCCACCGUCGGCACAGGAGUACCGAGAUCUGUUCUGCCCAACCCGCCCAUCCUUUCUCGUGGACCGACUCAGCGAGCUGUCGCCGAACGGCGGCUCGUUGCUCUUCGUCUAUCCAACCAAGAAAGGCGCAUCUACGUUCAAAUCACAAUACCUGGGCCCCAUCCUCGACCCGCUCCUUCGCCAGAUGGUUGUGGUCAACGAGCUAUCAGCCGACGUGGGCCGCUACCUGGGCAAGCUCUCGACAGUAUCCCAGAUGGACGAUUUCGCCACGAUGAAAGCGAACAUUGUCGCACUAUGCGAAGCCCUCAGCUCGCCUGCCUCGCAAUUCCAGGUGGCCGAUGCAGGCCGCGGCAGCGCCGAGCUCGACCGCAGCCUCUGGGCAGAGUGGUUCAUCCACCAAGAAAAAGCCCGCAUGAAAGAGGUGCUCAGUCUGUACUGGCAGAACGGCCGCCGACUUCCAAUGAGCAAGGCCAUAACCACCGGCGGGUCCGGCGGCCACAUGACCGAUCAACAAGUCACCUCAUCUAUGCUGCUCAGCGAGAUCUUCGACGGCAUCCGACGGAGACCCUAUGGCGAGGACAACGAGCCCCGCGAUGGUGUCGAGUUGGGAGUCUUUAUCAUCCGCCGGACCCAUUAA